AUGAGCAAAGUGGUUGAGGGGGAUCAAUUCUUCCAGCAACGUCGAAAUGCAGCUGGGAAGCUUGGUUUAUCACCGUUGCAGAAAUGCACCGCUGCAAUAAGAAUGUUAGCGUAUGGCGUAGCCGCAGACGCUGUGGAUGAAUAUUUACGUCUCGGCCAAACAACCUCUAGGCAGGCAUUGCAACAUUUCUGUCAAGGGGUUAUUUCACAAUUUGAAAGUGAAUAUCUACGAAAACCUACAGAUGAAGAUUUAAGGAGAAUCCUUCAUCAAAAUGAUCUGCGUGGUUUUCCAGGGAUGAUUGGUAGUAUAGACUGCAUGCAUUGGGAGUGGAAGAAUUGUCCUACUGCUUGGAAGGCACAAUAUGCUGGUCGUAGCAAGAGUGCAACUCUCAUUCUUGAAGCUGUUGAUGAUCAGGAUCUAUGGAUUUGGCAUGCGUUCUUUGGAAUGCCUGGGUCAUGUAACGAUUUGAAUGUCCUUUACCGUUCACCGGUAUUUGAUGAUGUUUUACAAGGUCAUGCACCACCCAUAAAUUUUACGGUUAAUGGACAUCAAUAUGAGUUGGGCUACUACUUGGCCGAUGGGAUUUACCCGAGAUGGCCAACUUUUAUACAGGGUAUAACACAUCCUCAUGUUAGAAGAGACAAGUUGUUUGCUGAUCAACAAGCAGCAGUUCGGAAAGACGUCGAACGGGCUUUCGGAGUUUUACAAGCUAGGUUCGCUAUACUACGACAACCAGCACUUGCAUACGACGAAGAUAUUCUCUGUGAUAUUAUGAAAGCCUGUAUAAUAAUGCACAACAUGAUCGUCGAGGAUGAACGACACAACUACGCACGUGCAGAUGUUUUGAGACGAUACUACGAAGAAGAUCGACCACAACGUACGGUGAGGCGGGCAGACCCGAGCACAAGUGCCACGGUGUUUAACAACGAGCCAUUUGAAUUCAACGUCGGGCGACCACCCAACAUUGAUUUCAACACGUAUUUGGAGAGAAGGAUUUCCCUUCGUGAUAGAGAAAUUCAUUCAUCUCUGAAACAAGAUUUAGUGGAGCACAUAUGGCAGAACUUUCGUCAUAAUGCGGUUGAAUAA